AUGUCAUCUGAUUUAUUGAAUAAAUUCUCUGCUUUAUCUAUUGCAGAACCAACCUUGACCCAAGAACAAAAGGGUUUGCAAGCACAAUGGGACUCUGUUGCGAAGUCUGGUAAUGUUCAAGGUAGCAUUGACGAGUUGAACCUACAUUUGAGAGACCACAGUUUUGUUUUGGGUACUGCUAAGCCAAGCGUGAGCGACGUUUUGUUGUUCGAACAUGUUUUGCCAGUGGUUAAGGAAAUCACUCAUUCUUCGAAGGAUGUGAAGGGCAACUACGCCAAGUACAGACACGUUUUGAGAUGGGCCCAAUACCUAGACUCUCUGUUACAAUUGGAUGACUUGAAGUUGAACUUGGACUUGGAUCUUCCUCGUGAAGUGAUCGAGAAGAAGAAGAAGGAAGCCUCUGGCGAGGGUGCUGCUGCUGCUCCAGCAGGUGACAAGAAGGACAAGAAGGAGAAGAAGGAGAAGAAGGACAAGGGUGGUGACAGCAAGCAGCCAAGAGGUAAGCCAGACGAAGAGACUUUGAAGAAGUUGAGAGAGGAGGCCAAGGCCAAGAAGGCUGCUAAGAAGGCUGCCAACGCACAACAAGAACAAGCCAAGGCUCAAGAGCAAGCCAAGAUCUCUGCUGGUGUCAUUGACUUCCGUGUUGGUUUCAUCCAAAAGGCUAUCAAGCACCCAGAUGCCGACUCCUUAUACGUUUCCACCAUCGAUGUUGGUGACGAAGAGGGCCCAAGAACCGUUUGUUCUGGUUUGGUCAAGUACUUCCCAUUGGAAGCCAUGCAAGAGCGUUACGUUGUUGUUGUAUGCAACUUGAAGCCAGUGAACAUGAGAGGUAUCAAGUCUACUGCCAUGGUUUUGUGUGGUUCUGACGAAAACAGCGUUGAGUUUGUCGAGCCACCUGCUGGAUCCAAGGCCGGUGACAAGGUAUUCUUUGAAGGUUUCGGCGACGAAGAGCCUCUAAAACAAUUGAACCCAAAGAAGAAGAUCUGGGAGCAAUUGCAACCACACUUCACCACUAACGAGCAACUUGAGGUUAUUUUCAAGGAUGAUGAGGACAAGGACCACCCAGUUAGAAAGCUAACAAACAAGAACGGCGAUGUGUUCAAGGUCGCUUCCAUUUCUAACGCUUGUGUUCGUUAG